AUGUCCCUCAUAGAAAGUUCGGUGUCCUCGCUGGUGCUCAACCAGGUACCUCGUUUCCUCAAUGAUGUCACCGUAGUCGACGUCUGGACGGGUAGCACCGCAGUUGACUCCGCGUCCGUAGCCACAAGACAGUCAGCCUCCCUGGUGACCUCGCUGGUGCUGGACCUGGCUAUCACGGAGACACAAUUGUUGAACGACAAUCAGGAGCUGCACAAGCUGGUCACUCCUAGCGGAGGAAUCCUUGCAUGGGUAAGGGCAGCAGUCUCAUCUCGCCUCGCCAAGUCCGGUGAAGAGUGGGUGCGCACAAUGGCAACGGAAAACAGCGGAACAGGAAACAGUCAAAAUUUAGUUCUAGACUACAAGCUCUUCAGUCCUGGAAAGCCUAUCAGCAACGGGACACUUUUGCUCCUGGAACGAAUGCCGGGCAUUGCCAAAUUUGAAGACAUAAGUCAUGUACUUCGAGACAGCAAAUAUUUUGCUGGCUAUAACGUGGCAUAUUUUCCUGAAAUAUUUGAAAUGACAUCGCAACCAGAAAGUGUGGAGAAAUAUGGCGACUACUACUCCUACGAGAACAGCCCGCGCGCCAAGAUGUUCCAGAGAGACAAUGGCAACCUUACAGACAUCGACUCCGUCGUAGCAUACCUGAGGUACAAUGACUACAAGAACGAUCCACUGUCGCAAUGCAACUGCACCCCACCGUACAAUCCGGUCUACGCCAUCGCAGCGCGCACUGACCUGCUUGACGCCAACGGACAGUACGACGUCCCAGGGAUGCACCGGCGUGCUGUCGGUGGCAUUGACGCCAAGGUGACAAGUCAUGAACUGUUUCCGUCGCUGGAGUUUGUCGGUGAGAGUGGGCCCACGUGGAGGACCCAGCCACCGUUCCAGUGGAGCACCAGCGGACUGGGAGGCAGCCACGUCGGGCAACCGGACAAAUGGCAGUUCAAGCCUGUUCAACACAAAUGGGAACCGGCGAGGCGCACCAGCGCGAGCAGCUGAAGGCCGCUAGGAGCGGUCGUGUUUCGGUGGCUGGGCGGUGACUUUACACAAAUAAAGACAUACUCUCGCGCUUUA